AUGGCCCGCUCCCGGGCCCGAGCUCUGGGCCCCGGCCUUUCCUCGCCUCCGACUCCUCGGCGCUAUUGUCCAGGCCCGGCGAGCCCGGCCGCCCCGACAGGGGCGCGCAGCGCUUCGCAGCCUCCCGCCCCGAUGCGCCGCUUCCCGCGCCGCCGCCGCCUCCUCAGGCCGCCGCCGCCAUGUUUUCCUUCCUUAUACCUGGCCCUGCCACCGCAGCCAGUGGCUCCGCUCCGCUCCCCUGCUUCAGAUGUCCCCAGCCGAGGGGUGCCUGCUCCUGUUACAACUGCUACCACCGCGCGGGAGACUACGAGAGCCCCCAAGCGCACGAGCGCUCCUGGCUCCUGGAAGUCCCUCUCCCUUCGCCGCUGCCACCGCCUCUUCCGUCUUCCUCACGAAGCCAAAGCCGCCGCCAUCUUGGUUCGCCCCUCAAUAGCGGCGCGCGGGGCCACCCAGGCAGCAGCUGCAGGGGCGGCCCGUUGGCCCCACCAUUUAAAGAGACAGGAGCGAGGCCGGGAGCCUCGCUGCGGCGGAGGCCGCGGACGGAGGCGGGAGGCGGGCGCCGAGUUGCCGAGGUGGCGGGAGCGCAGGGAGCGGAGGAGGCGGAACGCUGGUCGCGCCGGUGACGGCCCGGGGCUCCCUCGCGCUCCCUGCACGCACCGUCGUGCGAGCGCGGGGCGGUGUGUGCGCCGUCGCGCCCUGUGUUCGUCAUCAACCCCGCUCGGGGAUUCGAAAGGGGCGUGGAACUCGCCUCCGGCCUCGGCGCGCCUGCCCGCUGUGUGCCCGCCGCGCGCCUGGCGUCUCGGGCUCCGAGUGCGGCCGCCUUCCCCGGUGGCUCACCGUCCAGCAGCUGCUGUCCCUGCCUGGCCUGCAGGCAGGCGCCGGGCCGCGUCGCCCCGGGGCCCCGUCGCGGCGUGUCCGCCUCCGCGAGUGUCCUCUCCCGGCCUCGGCUCCCGGAGCGCAGGGUCCGGGAGGCGCCGGAGCCUCGCGGACUCCAGGCGUUUCUCCUUUGGGGAGAAGCUGAAAAGCUUCCGGGAAAGGCCGCAGGUUUGCACGGCGAGGUUAAGAGAAAGAACUUGAGCCGUUGAAAGAAAGCUCUUCUCCCUUCUGAGGGCACCAGUGAAAAUCAGACCUUGCCAUAAUGGAUAGGUGUUACUGGGAGGUGACCUGUGGAACGCAACAGGGUAACUAACAUUGGUGUCUCUACUCAGGAGGUGGGUGCUGCUGUGGCAUACAACGUGCUCCUUAAGUGGAUUCUUUUGUAGCCAAGCCAACUUCCCAGCUAAGAACAAGCCCAGCACCUGAAAACAGGUCUACAAUGACUAAAUCAUGGUCUGAAAUGGGCCAUUAGCGUCCUGUCUCUCACCAGGCAUAUCUGUCUUGAGAGAGACAACCCAGUUCCUGAAACUGCUUUCGAUCUAGGGGAGGGAAAUCAGGUUGGGGAGGUGGGGAGGUGACUCAUGCCCGUGUAUCCUUUCCUUUUUCUCUACCACUUCUGACAAAUAAGUCUCCUCUCUCACCUUUUUCGAGACUGGUGUCAAAGAGUGCUUUAUUUGGUUGAGAUGCAUAGGUACUUAAUGAAGAUUUGAAAUGAGCUGUCUGCAACAAUUUAGUCCACAACCAUUUUCUAAUACUUCAGGUAAAAAUGUGAGUCAUUUUCACGUUUUUUUCACCUUUGUACGGAGUCCCUCACCAGGGCCUGCUAACUUACUUCUCUUUCAUAUCCCCUGGAUUUGAUUCUGCUAUUUUAUUUCCUUGGUCAUCACCCUAGGAUUUGUUGCACCUGAAAUUUUCCAACUAAGUUACACAAAGUAAGUCCAGAAAUUGUUGAUAUUCAACUGCUCAGAGCCCUGUGAAAAACACUCCCAGGCACUAGCAGAAAGUAGCAGCGUUAAUUAGCAUCAGCAUUUAUAUUAGUUUGCAGGGCAACGGAGAACCCAGAGACUUCUUUCAGUGUGCAUGCUGCACAGUCUCCCACUUGUCUCCCAAGCCCUCAUGCAUGACAGCCCAAGCACCCAGAAGUAAAAGCAAGGAUUCCUAAGGAAUGGUCAAAGGAAAUAUUUAGAGCAAUAAAGAGAAAGAGGAGAUGGGUAUUGGAAUUAACCAUGGGGAAUUUCAGUGCACACAUGCUUUCUUAGUUUUGUACAUUUCCCUCAGGGGAAAUGCUUUGUGUGCUUACAAAUGGACAGCCCCUUUCUGCUGCUUGCUAGGUGUUUGAAUAGCUCUAGCUGUGUGCAUUAUUCAGGUGAUGGCCAAUGUGGCAGUCAGGAGAACAUGCCUUUGCAGACCUCUUUUUACAAGGAACAAAAUUCACCAAAGACCCCAGCUGCUGCACUCUGAAAUUUAUCACGGUGCUUAGGUACAGCAUACCUCCCACAGGGUGCUCCCCACCAAUGACUGGAUGCAGCAGGAUACUAAGGCAGUUGUCCUGGGAGACAUCUCUUCUAUAGGCUGACUUUGGCUCAAGGACUCCCUGACCAGCUUUGCCAAACCUUCCUUAGGGUGCACAACAUUCCAGGAUGCUUCUCCCAACCUUCUCUCCCUCUUACUUCACUCAGGAUUAGAUGCCUCUCCCAGCCAUUCUGUCUCUCUAUUUCCUUUCAAAUAGGUGUUUCCUUAAGUAAAAUCCUUACAUGUUAAUCUGCUCUUGGUGUGUGCUUUUUGGAGGACCCAGACUAGUGCUAAAUUCAGCUCUUAGAUGCAGUAAGUCUUUAAAUGUAAAAGGGAUAAGUCUUGAUUUAUCCACGAUACGAGAUUUUAACUAGGAAUGAGAAAACAAAAAUUUACUUAUGAUUAUGUUGAGGCCUGCUGAAUUAUAUAUUGAGAGUUGAUAUGUACUUAAUGUAUUUGACUUUUAUAAUCUUUGCUAAAGCUUUUCUACAGAAUGAGGUUUGUUUUUUUUUAAUGUGUAUUUUUGAGAGAGAGAAAGAGUGUGUGCUUGAGCAGGGGAGGGGCAGAGAGAGAGGGGGACAGAGGAUCUGAAGUGGACUUCGUGCUGACAGCAGAGAGCCCGUUGUAGGACUUGAACCCACAAAAUGCAAGAUCAUGACCCGAGCCGAAAUCGGAUGUUUCACCUACUGAGCCACCCAGGCGCCCCCCAGGAUGAGAAGGUUUUAAAUACAACUUUCACUUUGUUCUUUCUCUGAUCUUUCUUAAGAAUUCUGAUUUCUGUCUGUAGGUUUGCAAUACAAAAAGAGAUUCUCUUUUUUCGAAAAGAGAACGCAUCUCAUCUCAACUCAACUCAACUCAUUAACUCAUAACUCAACUCAUUAACAUGUAAGGAUUUUAUUCGAGGAAACACCUAUUUGAAAGGAAAUAGCCAGAAUGGCUGGGAGAGGCAUGCGUCUAAUCCUGAGCGAAGGAAGAGGGAGAGAAGGUUGGGAGAAGCAUCCUGGAAUGCAGUGCCCAGGUCUUUUGAGGUUCUGAGGUCUAUUAAGAAGAGAGAUGAACCAGUCCUUUCAUCUAUACCCUAUCUUGGCCUCUGAAACUUCCCUUGUAUGAUUGGUCAUGAAUGCAAUCUCUUUCCUUAGAACUCCACGAGUAAACAUCAUCUAACAUCGUUUAAAAACUUGCCCUCAAGUUCUUUGACAUUUUUCCCCACUAGAAACGGAGUCUUUGUCUCCUCCUUUAAAAUCUAGGCUGGUCUUGGUGACCUGUUUGUAAUCAGUAAAACGAAGCAGAAGCGACGCUGUGUGACGUUGGAGGCGGGGCAACGGUUUUCUGGAGUGCUUUCUGCCUGGUUUUCUCGGAAUGCUUUCUGUGCCAUCAGGUGAGAAGCUCCCCUCUCUUACUAGGCUGAAUGUCGCCGCUCUGGUAGACAGUCUUGGCUGAACUCCCAGUUGACAGACAAUGUCAACUGCUGCUAGCCUUGUGAAUGCUUCAUCUUAGACAGCCAUGGCCCCGUUGAGCUCUUGGAUGACAGCGGCACAACCAUCUGACUACAACCACACAGCAACCUUCAGACGAGAACUACCCAGCUAAACCCUUCCCCAAUUCCCGACGUGUAAAAUCGAGAGCAAAAUAAAAUGGCCACAGUAAGCCACUGAGGUCAUUUGUUACAUAGCAUUAGGUCAUUUUGUUACAUAGCAGUAGUAACAAGAGCAUAGGUUUGCUUGGGUAAUUUAUUCUAAUCACAAAGAAAUGUAGCAGUACACUUUCCAGGGGUGGAAUAGAUGGAAUUUAAAUUGUUUUUCAUUUUUAAAAACCUUUCUUCUGAUAGGUUCCUUGUAGAACUCUUAAGCAGAUACAAGGACACAGUCUAGAUUCAAAUAUCUGACUCUGGUUCCAAAAUUUGAUUUGGGAAAUAUAGAUCAGAUCUUAUUAAAUCAACCUUAUAGGAACUGUAUGGAUAUUUUAUAAUACUGAAAAUCUCUGUUUUGGUGUUUUUUAUUUUAUUUUAUUUUACAAAACUGGCCUUGAAAAUUUUGUUUCAUUAAACUUAACUUUCACUUAUUCUUUCUAUCUGAAGUUGGAUCAAAGGGGGAAAAAAGAAGGGGGAGAUGAUGAUAAAAAAUGAGGGCAGAACCUUCUUUCUAUCAGUGACUACGAGAACACUGUGUUUUCUCUGAGAGACAGUUAAAGAGAGAGACAGAGAGAAGGAGAGAUAGAAUCCCAAGCAGUCUCCAUGCCAUCAGAAGGAACCUGAUGUGAGGCUUGAACUCAUGAACCAUGAGAUCGUGACCUGAGCUGAGAUCAAGAGUCUGACACUUAACCGCCUGAGCCGCCCAGGGAAGUUAUCAGUGGGGGUGCUGGAACUCCCAUUCUCUCCCAGCAGUCAUGAGGAGCGUCUCAGCUUGGAAGUCAAGAAGGCCAAGUGCAAACCUGCACUUUCACCCCCACCUGGCAGUAAUGAGGCAGCACUCCCUUCCCUGGCUGGAGUGGGGUCAGAAAAAGCCAUACAGGGUUUAAGUAAGAUCCAGAGUCUCAUAACAUAUUAUCUAAAAUGUCCUGAUUCCAUUAAAAAAUCAUUGUCCUAUCAAGAACCAGGCAGAGCCCAAAUAGAAUGAAAAAAUACACUCAACAGAUGCCAACACUGAGAUGGCAGAGAUGUUAGAGUUACCUGGCAGAGAUUAUGAAGCAUUCAUCAUAAAAAUGUUUCAACUAGCAACUAUGAAUACACUUGAAACAAGUGAAAAAACAGAAAGUCUCAGCAAAGAAAUAGAAGAAGCAAUUAGAAAUUUUGAGAAAUAAAAAAAUAUAGUGAAAAACUAAAAUAAAAAACUCAAUGGAUGAGCCCAGUAGCAGCAUCUAGGAGACAGAGGAGAGAAUCCAUGACCUUGGAGACAGAACAAUAGAAAUUACUCAAUCUGAGCAAUAGAGAGAAUAGGCUGGAAAAAAAAAAUGAGCAGAGCCUCAGAGACCUGUGGGUCUUCACGAAGAUCCAACAUUCAUGUUAUUGGAGACUCAAAAGACAGGUAGAAAGAAGACCGGGCUGAAAAAGUACCCAAGGAAAUAAUGGCUGAAAACUCCUACAAUAUGGCAAAAUCCAUAAACCUACAGAUUCAAAAAACUGAGUCUACUCCAAACAGUAAACCUAGAGAAACAGCACCAUUUGCAUUAUAGGCAAGCUUCUGAAAACUAAAGAAGUAUUGAAAGCAGGGAGAAGCACCUUAACUAUAGGGGGAAACAAUUUGAAUGACAGCAAAUGUCUCAUCAGAAACCAGAGGCCAGAGGGAAAUGGCACAACAUUUUUCACGUGCUGAAAGAAUUGUUAAUCCAGAAUCCUAUACCCAGGGGAAAUAUUCCUCAUGAGUGAAGGAGAAAUCAAAGCAUUCCCAGGUGAAGGAACACAGAGGCAAUCUGUUGGUGGAAAAUUACCUUAAGAAAAUGACUAAAUGAGAUUCUCCAAGGAAAAAGGAAACAAUAAAAGAAAUCUUGGAACAUGAGAAAAAAAGAACGUGGUAAGCAAAAAUAUGGAUAAAUACAACUGGCUUCCCUUCUCAUACUGAGUUUUCUAAAGUACAUUUGGUUGUUGAAAAAAAGAUCAUAACACUGUC